AAGCGACGCGGCGGCCAAAGUAAAGAUGGCGGACUUGUCGGGGAGCGAGCUGUCAGAAGAGAAAGAGGCAGAAAUUGGGCUCAAGAAACGGCAGAAACGACCGUGGGAGGACUUGCACAAGUCGGGCAAAAUCGGUAUAACUCCGGAACUGCCAGAAACGUUGGGAGUUUACGACAUAAGCGCUGUCAGGAGGGAGCAACGGGAGCUCUCGGCAGAUCCGUCUUUGACGCGUUUCAUUUGCGCAGAGCUCACCAGAGGAUACUUCCUGGAACACAAUGAGGCAAAGUACACCGAGCGCAGAGAGAGAGUUUACACAUGCAUGCGUAUUCCCAAGGAACUGGAGAAGCUGAUGAUCUUUGGCUUCUUCCUGUGUGUGGACGCCUUCCUGUAUGUCUUUACCCUGCUGCCCCUCAGGGUGCUGCUGGCCCUGCUCCGCCUCCUCACCCUACCAUGCUGUGGCUUCAGUGGGUCGCGGCUGCUGCAGCCAGCGCAGGUGUGUGACGUGCUGAAGGGCCUGAUCCUAGUGCUGUGCUUCUGCAUGAUGCAUUACGUCGAUUACUCCAUGAUGUACCACCUGAUCAGAGGACAGUCUGUCAUCAAACUCUACAUCAUCUACAACAUGUUGGAGGUGGCGGACCGUCUCUUCUCCUCCUUUGGUCAAGACAUCCUUGAUGCUCUCUAUUGGACGGCCACAGAACCCAAGGAACGGAAAAGAGACAGUAUAGGAGUCAUACCUCACUUCUUCAUGGCCGUUUUUUAUGUCUUCCUCCAUGCCAUCCUCAUCAUGGUCCAAGCCUCCACCCUCAAUGUCGCAUUCAACUCCCACAACAAGUCCUUGCUCACCAUCAUGAUGUCCAACAACUUUGUAGAGAUCAAAGGAAGUGUGUUCAAGAAAUUUGAGAGGAACAACUUAUUCCAAAUGUCCAACAGUGAUAUCAAAGAGCGGUUCACCAGCUAUGUUCUCCUGCUCAUCGUCUGUCUCAGGAAUAUGGAGCAGUUCUCAUGGAACCCAGACCACCUGUGGGUGUUGUUCCCUGAUGUCUUUAUGGUCGUCACCUCUGAAGUUGCUGUUGACAUUAUUAAACACGCUUUCAUCACAAAGUUCAACGACAUCACUGCAGAUGUGUACAGUGAAUACAGAGCGAGUUUGGCCUUCGAUCUCGUCAGCAGUCGACAGAAAAAUGCUUGUACUGACUACAGUGACUCAGUGGCCCGGAGGAUGGGUUUCAUCCCUCUGCCUUUGGCUGUUCUGCUUAUCCGAGUGGUGAUGAGUUCAGUGAAGGUGCAGGGAGCACUGUCAUACACUUGUGUGUUCCUCUUUUAUCUCGGGCUGGUUACACUUAAAGUGUUGAACAGUAUUGUGCUCCUGGGGAAGUCGUGUGUUUACGUCAAGAGAGCCAACAUGGAGGACAAACUGUUCGAGAGGCCCACGACCACUCCAUCCUCCUCUGCAAAGACCCCCAGCAAAGCUGAACAGGCCAGAUGUCCAACGCCUUCAGGUGAAUCCAAAGUGGAGAUCCCUGCCACACCCUGCAGCCCAUCAUCAUCCGCCUCCUCCUCCUCCUCCUCUGUGACAGCCCAGCCUGCUCCCAGGACUGACUUGUUUCCUCCCCCGCCCACAGAUGCCUCUACUGCUGCACCAUUAAGCCGUCCUCCAAGUCCACCACCUGAACCUGAACAACCUGCAGCCUCGGUCUCCAAAAAUGAGGAGGGGGAGGCAGAGGCAGCCUCUGAACUGAAGCACAGGACUCCCAAAAAAGACCUGCUGGAGAUCGACCGUUUCACAAUCUGUGGUAACCGCAUCGACUGACCAGCAGCAGCCGCGGAUGUAGCGAUUAACCCCUCAGGAAAGACGGAGAGCGCAAAGGCCUCUCAGCCCCGCUCUCCUGGCCAACAGCAGCAGAAAGCUGAGUAUUUAUUAAAGUCAGUGGCAAUACAGUAAGUUAUUGUGAACAUGAACACAGUGUGAGACGAUCCUGCUGUUGUUGAAGCCUGCAGUCGAGAAGUUUGACAAAGAAAACUUCAGCAGGAGAGAGACAGUGUGAGUUUGGCGGCCCAGUUGUCAGGAUGAACUGGCAUGUGUCAGUGGGUGUGGAGGUGUUAGAUUGGUUCAGUAUAUAGAGUGAGAGUGUGUGAUCCAGCGUACGUGUGAGCACACAAGCACUUCCCAUAUGAGCGCGAGGAGAGAAGUUUCUCAGUUCGCUCAGCAGCCAGAAAACAGUAAAACUUCCAAACUCUUACAUAAAAGCCAACACCUGAGUCGUUUUAAUGGCAAAGUGUUUCCUUUAUCCUACAUAAAACUUGAUCAAGCAAGUUUUUGGGUUCUUUAUCUUAAAUAUUGGUUGUCCAUCUAACAUCAACCCAAACCCAAUUUACAAGACGAACUUUUGGUUUCUUUUUGGAGCAACACUCUUCUAAUCAGACUUGAUGAGAUUAUUAAACAAUUCAACCAAGAAAUUUAGAAAUUUUGAUCUGGAAGUAGUUAUAAUGCGGAAAGGCUUCUAAGAGGUUCCCUCAACAAGGGACUUCAGGUCUGUGGUUCCCCACGUCCCCCACAAGGGGUCAGGAAUUUGACAAGUCACGAUGUGAUCAACAAGACGUGAAAGCAGGAAAAACAUAUUUGUGCUACACAGAAUCAUGUUUAUUUACACUUUCCUGUAUUGUUUACCAGUUUUCUUGUGACUCACUGGAUAAUUUUACCUUUUUGUUCAUUAAAAAUUAUUUAACUGAGCCAGAAAAACCGGUAAAAAAAAAACAAAACAAAAAAACUCACUUUUAAGGCUGAAUUGUUCACAAUCGGUGCGUAAACAUCUGCUGAUGGGGGGUGAAAACAGACACAAGUUUGUGUUAAAGGGUCACAAACCAAAAAGGUUGGGAAACCCUGAAAUAAGCAGUCACACACUAUAAGAAUUAGAGCCUAUGCAUUGCUGGUUGUUCAAUUAACAGCUCAGUUCAGAUGAAGAUUGAAGUGUAUACCUCAGUGGGACUAGUGUGCAUUUUAAAAUGAAGCAUCUUUUUACUUUCCAACAUCAUCUGAUGGUGUUACAAACAUGACUAAAAACUGACUUUUAAAGUGGAGCUUUUCAUUUACACAGCCAGCAAAUAAAAAGUCAUUUGCUGCCCACAGGGCGCCUUCAGCAACUAAGAGACCUUUCAUCAAAGGACCAGUCAGCGUACAACACUUACAGAAGCUGCCAGUCAAAUGUUGGUAAAUUCUGACUGCUGACACCAAAUCUGCUGCUUCUACCAGCCGCUUACAGAAAGAUUUCUUUCACACUUUAAAAGUAAGAAAAAAAGAAGCAAAUUGGGCCGUAAACUACUGAAAAACACUGAUAGAUGCGGAAGAUAAUCUUAUUUUCCUUCUUGCUUAGGUAUGUAUAUGCAGCUAGGUCCUUAAGCAUUUGGACAGUUAUACAAUUUUCGUAAUUUUGCCAUGGACACCACCACAAUGGAUCUGAAACGAAGUCAUCAAGACUUGAUUGAAGUGUAGACUUUCCGUUUUA